AUGGCAGUAGAUGUGGAAGGCAGAGCAGGUGGGUUGCUCUGUGUAUGGAAUCCAACGGUGUUUCAAAUUCAUGAGUGUUGUGGCAACCGAAAUUUCAUCCUAAUGUCAGGUACUUUAUUUUCUUCGUUUAAUUGUGUGAUUGUUAAUGUCUAUGGUCCAACAGAUGUGGCCAAAAGGCAAGAAGUUUGGGCAAAUUUUGCUCGUUUGAAGGCUUCUUUCUUGGGGCCAUGGUGUAUAGGGGGUGAUUUCAAUGAAAUAAGGAAUGCUGAUGAACGAAUUGGGUGCUCUAGAAGAGACCAAGGAAUGAGGGACUUUAACUCUAUGGUAGAACAACUAGAAUUGAUUGUCCUACCAAUGCUUGGGAGGAAAUUUACCUUGUGCAAUCCACAAACACUUGAGAAAUGGAGUAGAAUUGACAGAUUUCUUCUGAAUUAUGAGUGGCUCCAGAAUUUCAAUUCUAAGUUAUGGGGCCUUCCUAGGUUGGUAUCUGAUCAUUGUCCUAUAAUAUUGAUGGAGGAUAUUAGGGAUUGGGGUCCUAGAUCGUUUAGAUUUCUAAAUGCUUGGGCCAGCCACCCUAAUUUUGUAGCUUUAGUGAAGCAAACAUGGUCAGAAUCUCAAGUGGAAGGGUGUGUUGGUUACAGAUGUCUCAUGAAGCUCAAAGCCUUAAAACAAAAAUUGAAAGUGUGGAACUCUGCUGUGUUUGGUAAGGUUGAAUCUCAGCUUAAGGUAGCUGAGGAGGAAGCCCAUGCCAUUGAAUUAAUUGCAGAAAAAAGAGCUCUUCUAGGCAAUGAACAAGCUAGAGGCAAGAAUUAA